CGCUAACAACAUGAAUUCCUUGUGAUUCAACCCAUAUCCUGGUUUCAUUUUGUGAAAGUGUGUCUGCAUGUACAGAGCGUGUUUGCUCAGUAAUCUCUGGCUGAACCUGUCUGAUAGGUGUGGGCCUGCUGGCACUAACUUGCGCAGGUAUGAAGAGAAACCCAGCUCAGUCCUGAGCCAGGAGGGAAACUCCAGCACUUCUGGGACCAAAAACAAUUCACUUCUCUCAAAAUCAAGGCAGAAGUCAUUCAAAGAUUCACCUGUACAAAGAGCUUUGGAAUAAGACACCCUGGGAUCGAGGAGAGGCUGUCUUGGAAGGAGAAACACAGAGAGGAGAAUACUUCAGAAUGUGAAAUAACCCGGAGGAGAUUCUUUGCCUGCGGUUCGACCGAUGGGUCUGGGAUUCUAAUGUGGCAUUUCAGGCUCUUGGAUGUACAAGAUGUUGCUGUGUUUCUCAGCAUCACAUUAUAUAUGUGUCACCUAGCUGGAGCCAUCUCCAUUCACUCUCCCCAGAGGAGCCUGACCCGCUCAGUGCAGGAGGAUGUGUUUUUCUCACUGGAUGUUUCCUGCGACGGGACCCCCACCAUACAAUGGACCUUUAUGUCAGGAGCGGUGAGCCGCACCAUAGGGACCUGGCAGCCGGGGGGGUACACCAACAUCACGGAGGACUACAGCGGCAGAGUGCAGGCCUUCAACAACGGCUCCAUGGGGCUGUCGGACCUGCGGCUGCAGGACGCGGGGUACUACGUGGUCACUGUCACAGAAACAGCAGGAAGCAGCAAGGACACUGGCUUUGUCCUGAAGGUGAAUGAAAAUGAUGCGACAGAGCUGCAGCCUCUUUGAUGGACGUCUGUGCACCGCCGGAGGAAACUACACACUGUUCACUUAACACAAGAGUUAUUUUUAAAGUAAGAUGUAAAUAAAAUGUAUCUUAUUUUUUUCUGUUGAACACCUUACUUACACAGAGGAAGGCAGUUUAAUUAUGAAAACUGUGUACCAUGUUUACAUUUGUAUUGAAUGCACAUGCUUUACAGCUGAUAACACUGGAUGAAUGUAAAUAUAUCCCUCAUAAUAUUGGAAAACAAUACAUACUGUAUUUAUUGUCUAAACAAGUGAAUUGUGUGGUUUUCUUUUCAUCGUGGCUUUUUCACACAAUCAUACAAACCAGGUAUCAGACCUAAAAAAUAAAGAAAAUAUUUAAUAGAUAAUACAUCUGAUGAAAGGGAGUAAAAAGUAUUUUUCUCCAAAAUGCUGUUGCUCAUAUUAGAUUAUUG